CGGCGUCCGUGGGGCGGGGACAGCACGGCGGCCGCUCAGUGUCGCGGGAGCCGGACCGCGCAGGCCCGUCCCGGCGGCCCGGGGGGCGCCAUGUGGUUCAUGUACGUGCUGAGCUGGCUGUCGCUGUUUAUCCAGGUGGCAUUCAUCACUCUGGCCGUCGCGGCUGGACUGUACUACCUUGCAGAACUGAUAGAAGAGUACACGGUGGCCACCAGCAGAAUCAUCAAAUACAUGAUCUGGUUCUCCACAGCAGUGCUGAUCGGCCUCUACGUCUUUGAGCGCUUCCCCACCAGCAUGAUUGGCGUGGGUCUUUUCACCAACCUCGUCUACUUUGGCCUUCUCCAGACCUUCCCCUUCAUCAUGCUGACAUCACCUAACUUCAUCCUGUCAUGCGGGCUAGUGGUGGUGAACCAUUACCUGGCAUUUCAGUUUUUUGCGGAAGAAUAUUAUCCUUUCUCUGAGGUCCUGGCCUACUUCACAUUCUGCCUGUGGAUAAUCCCGUUUGCUUUCUUCGUGUCACUUUCGGCUGGGGAGAAUGUCCUGCCCUCCACCAUGCAGCCAGGCGAUGACGUGGUCUCCAAUUACUUCACCAAAGGCAAGCGAGGCAAGCGCUUAGGCAUCCUGGUUGUCUUCUCCUUCAUCAAAGAGGCCAUCCUACCCAGUCGGCAGAAGAUAUACUGACCCCUGGGGAGGGCGUGUGGGGGGCGAGAGCAGGCUCCUGGGCUAGUCAUGCCUGGGAGCCUGGAGGGUGUCUUCUGCCAGCCCAGGUAUCCCUCCCCUCCGUUCUGAAGCCCCAUCCCCACCCUCCUCGGGAGGCCUGACCGCUGCCAGGGGCACCAGAAAGGGUAGCAGAGCCUGCUAUGCCAGGAGGCUAUGUCCCCAGCCUUCCCCUCUCCAGAGUUAGGUCUGGUCAGGUGGGGCAGGCAGGGGAGCCGGUAUGAAGCUGGGGAAGUGACAGCAAGUUCUCAGGCAGGCGGCCAUAGGGAGGAGCUGAGGGUCAGCACUUCCAGGAAAAGUGCAUUUUGCUGUUGAAAUGUGGGUCUUGUCCAAUGCUGAUUCCCUUUUGAAUAAAGAUUCUAGGUGGCACUGUUUGCCUUAACACCCCAGGAGUUCAUCUUCUUCUCUGCCUGCUAACCUUCUGCCUAGACUGGGCUAGCUUGCUCUAGGGAUUCUUCUGACUCUUGCCCUUCUGAAGGGAUUCUCAUGGCCCUGAGUGGGAAGGGAACAGAGAUGAGAAUGAGUAGGCAAAGGCAGUUUUUCGGAGGUUUCUCCUUCUUUCCAUGUCUCUUUCCCCAGAUCGUGAUAGUCCAGAGUGGGGGAGGGGUAGAAAGUUUAUGGCUGGGUUAGAGAUGCAGACCGUCUACGAUAUCCUAUUUAUGUCUUCCUUUGAGAAAAAGGAGAGAGUUCUUGGUAAAUUCUAUCUCAGGCUCAAUGAAAAAAUAAACAUUGGCUUCUAGGCAGCCUAGGCUGUGGCCUGUUUGUUGAGGAAUGGGAGUGGGAAGGGUUUUCACUCAGGGCACAGGCCUCACUCACCUGCGCUUCUGGCUCCUGGAGGGAUGAGCUCUGUCUCCUAGGGCGGUGGGCCUCACCCUAGGCACAGAGCAGCAUCUGUUGACCUUGCACUCCAGCUCCACACAGUGCCUCGCAGGGCUCAGCAGUAUAUGCAAUGGUCCCCUCCCCCGCCGCCGAACCUCCAAUAUCGAAUCUAGUACCUCACAGGGAGUCUGGCAGGGGCCCAAAGGACAAGGCUCGGGGAAGAUGCCAGGCCGUGACCAUCUUAUGCGUCCUUCAUCUCGUUGGCUCUUGCAUUUCUGUCAAGUCUUGGCCUACUAUUCUCUGAAUUUGUUUUGCAGCUACAGGUGAGCUUGCCAGACCUAUUUCCUGCCACUUGAGGGGAUGAAGGUAUCGGACAUGGGCUGCUGCCCACCAGCGGGCUCGGGUUGGCCCCACUUGCUUGGCUGUCUACUUCUUGGUUCAUCCUGCCCGCUGCUCAGAUAGGGGCAUUCCCAGGCUAACCCUGGUCGACCUCACAGAUCACCUGCUGGGUCUUGGGGUGGCUGGCACAGCUGGCACAGCCGAUGGCCUGCUUCUGGGUUCACAUUUCUCAGCACUGCUGUGACUGUUGUCCCUUGACCUCUGUCCUUUCAGUCUCUGUUCUGUAGGCUUCUUUCUCGCCCUGUGCACACAGGGGCUCCUUGGCUGUCUCGUGGAUUUCCUCAGGAAGGCCAGCUGUGCUGGUGGCUUUAGGGAUGCUGUGAAGGGAGCCAGGGCCAGCCUUCAGACCCGGCUCCUUCCUAACUCAAGCACAGCUCUGCUGCCUUCUGGGCACAGACAGUUGGAGCUCGGCUUCUCUGUUCACCUGCUCUUCGCAGUACCUCGGCCCUGGUCUCGAGCCCAGGAGCCGGCAGGAUCUUGUUUUCUCUCUGCCCUCUGUCCGUCUGAUCUGUCCUUGCUGUCUCUGUAUUUGAGCCCCCUCUGUCAUCUCUCACCUCGUUUUGUUGUGACAGUUUCCUGUUUCUCUAUCCUUUGACCAGCUGGGUUCUUCCUAAAGUGCACAGUUGGCCAAGUCUUUUCUGCCCCCAGCUCUCCCCAGCUCUCCACUGCCCUCAGGAUAAAGUCCAGACUCCUUAGCACGGUGUGUGAGGCUCCUGGGUCCCUACUAGCUCCACCACUGACAUAUACUCUGGGCCCAGCCUCCUGCGUACGGACACCAUGGCUCUAGCUGCUUAGAUGCUCUUCCUUCCACUUACUUCGGCAAUUUGCCACUUUUCCUCUUAGAUCCUAUUUCCUCCAAGGAGCCUCGAAUGUCCCCUCUCCUCCCGAAACCCCAACCGCUACACAGAUCCUCUAGGCUCACUGGCCUGUGGUAUGGUCUGUCUCCCCACUAGACUGGAAGCUCCUCGAGGGCAGGGAAAGCCCUUGGGUUUUUGUAUUAUCAACUACCUGGCCCGUGGAAAGCACUCAAUAAAUGUUUUGAUUAAA